UUAAUAUAUAAACAAAAAGGCGAACAAUUUUGUCAACAUAAGAAUGGUCCAAGGAAAAUUUAAAAAGGCGAAAUUGCCAGCCAGUGUGCAACAAAAGCAAAAACAGAAAAAUGCCAAAGCAUUUACAAGAAGAUCUAAUGCUCCCAUUCAGGCAAAGAAAACGAAAUUCAAUGAACAACAAAAGAUUAAAAACGCCAUCUCAAAGACUGUCAACAAAUCUGUAGAAAAUGAGUUGCGUUCGCGUGCCUUUGAAGGCCAAAUAAAACUCAGUAAGGCACAGGAAGCGGUGACGAAACAUCAUCAAGCGAAGGCUCAAGUUGCUGCUGAGGCAGCGCCAUCCACGUCAGCGUAGCAAUUUAAAGAGAAUAGAAUUCUUGAGGUGUUUUGUGGAUGUAUCUAUACAUACUUACAUAUCGUCGCCUGGGUAAAAGACUGUCGUAUGUUACUUUCGGCAGGUUUUGGGAAAUCGAUGUUAAAGAUUCAAUCAGAAUUUCUCAAAAGCUGUACAAUCGGUUUUUACCAAAGGUUAAUGCUUGAUUGUACAUACUAGCUAAGGUACAAAACCACAUUUUAUUAAAUUUUCAGCUUUUACAGCCACUUUUUUAUAAAAUCA